GGUUUUUCUCAUUCCAUUACAGGACUCUCGUUGUCCUUCUUCAGCGGAGUGUAUGGCGCUAGCAUAGGUUUUACCAAGCAGCUUGGCGAAAGUGCAAAGCAACUGGUCGGAUUGAAUGGAGUGUUUUUAGGAGUUGGCGAAGUUCUUGGUGGAGUUGCCUUCGGUAUGCUGGGAAAAAAAACGGCCAAAUGGGGACGAGAUCCUAUCGUUAUCGCUGGCUUCAUCAUUCACAUCAUCAGCUACUUUCUGGUGUUUAUGAACAUUCCUGAUGCGGCUCCGUUCGGAGAUACAGAUGAUGUGGCAUUUAUCUCCCCACCCAUAGCAACGGUGGCCAUUUUAUGUUCGUUCCUACUCGGAUUGGGCGAUGCUUGUUUCAACACGCAGAUAUACUCCAUGCUAGGAGGAGUGUUUUCCAAAAACUCUGCCGAAGCGUUUGCAAUUUUCAAAUUCACACAGUCGGUUGCGUCCGCCAUAAGUUUCGUAUACUCAUCACACUUUGGUCUUCAAAUACAGCUCGGAAUCCUUCUAGUCAGUGGAAUCUUAGGCACAAUUUGUUUCGUGAUAGUUGAAUGGUCAGUUAAACGAUCGAGAGCGCUAAUAGCAAACUACAAUGAAACUACAGAGAGCACAAAGUGAACUACUUAUAUAUUUAGCCGUCCUUACAUUCAAAUGUAUUUUACAGAUUAAAUAAAAUGAGAAUUUAUUUUAAUG